AGGUUGAAAAAAAGAUAAUAAUAUGGGAAUAAAGUCAUACUAUUACAAGAAGAAAAUGUACAAAGAUUAUUUAAAAAUAAAGUUGCAAUAUUUGGAAAAAAAAUCACAAACAUGGGCAAAUGUGGCCCUUGCUGGAAACCGUUGUGAGGUCUUUGCAAUGGUUGUACAUUGUUGUAACAUGCCAGGAUGGAUGCAUGACAUCACACCCAGCAUGUAACAACACCAACAGCAAAGUGUGUGCUUUACAUCCUAUUUCACCCUUUGCUUCCUGCACCCUGCCGGGGCAAGUCUGGAGACCUGCAUAGGACAAUAAGUGGAUAAGCGUGGAAAAUGCAAAUCAAUAGAAGAGUGGCUACAGUACCCACCUGAAUCAGUUUCCUUUCCUGUGGGAAUGUUGGCUAAUCCCUGCAAGGGAGUUGGUGCUGUCAGGACACGCUGGCAGACUGAAAUAGCUUUCAUUGCUCUUCACUGCCAACUAUGCACAUGUAUACACAUGUAUACAUGUACACAUGUAUACAUGUAGACAUGUACACAUGUACACAUGUAUACAUGUUAUUUUGGUGUCGGUUCACAGUGGGCCUGGUCCUUCGCCCUUCACUUGGUACAAAUGCCCUCAUGCGGGAUAAAUGCAUCACAUGUCGCCUCUGAUAUUCCAAAAACCUUGCAUGCAUUCCUGUAAAUUGGAGACACUGUACAGCAAGUCUGUCAAUAUACUUCAAUACUUGAAGGUACUGUACGCAUUAAUAAUAUGACAUUAUCAGUUGAAUAACAAUUUCAAUACUUUUGACCUUUACAUUGAAGUUUGGUUCUUUCAUGUUGUGACACAUACUGUACCGUAUUGUUUAUUUAUGUGUUGUUCACAAACAAAUUUGUUGAUAAAAACUUGUUUGUUGUGAUCAUCGUCAUCAAGAAAAAUCACAAAAUCAUUGCAAGAAGUUGAAAACAUCGAAGCAAGAAGUAUCGGUGUCGGCCAUGCCCUUCCCAAGUAUCAGACGGAUACCACCAUGUGCGGCACAGUAUCGCCCCCAGACGGGGCCUCGCGAGGGAAAAGGUGUCAUUAAAGUGAGCAUGGUGCGUUUGAGUUCUUCUUCCUGCAGGUUGUUGUGCACCGGAGACAUUCCUGCUGCUUGCUGCAACAUGUGGACGCCCUCGCCGCGUCACGUCAGCUGGGAGCCGCUGGGAAGUUUGUCUCAAGUGAGUCAACACGGAGAGGACGACACCCACCAGGCAGUCACCGCUGGAUAACACCGCCGGCUGCACGGCCACGCAGGACAAGCCGUCACGCCGAGCUUUUCCCACGGAUUCCCACUCUUCGCGCAGCGCCAUGUAUGCCUGAGUGUGCUUUUGGAGGAAUUAGGAAAUGAAAGUGACCGUGUGUUUCGGGCGGACGCGGGUGGUGGUCCCUUGCGGAGACGGGGACAUGAAAGUGAGCAGCCUCGUCGAUCAAGCCGCCAUGAGAUACAAACGAGCCAUCGCCAAGGAGCCCAGCUACUGGGUCCAGGUCCACCGCUUGGAGCACCGUGACGGGGGAAUCCUGGACUCGGAUGAUGUGCUGUGUGACGUCGCAGACGACAAAGACAGGUUGGUGGCCAUCUUUGAAGAGCAGGAUCCUCACAACGGAGGCGACGGCACGAGCGCCAGCUCCACGGGCACGCAGAGCCCGGAACUGUUUUCCGGGGAGCUGAGUUCCACGUCGGCCUUCCAGCCUUACCAAGCCAACAGCGAGAUCGAGGUCACCCCGUCUGCUCUCAGAUCAAACAUGCCUCUCCGUGUCCGUCGGAGCAGCGAUCCUUCCCUGGCCGGCCUUCCCGCCGGUGAAAUUCCACUUGGCACAGAAGAACCGUCCAGAAAGAACCCGAGUCGCUGGUCCACAACCGCUGGCUUCCAGAAGUAUAACCACAAGCCCCACACGGAUGGUGGCACCAACAGCCUGGAACGCAAGGGCCGGGGAGUCCAGGCCUACCGGAGUCUUCCUCGGGAUGCAAGUGGCAGGACCACUCGGUUCCAAAGAGAAAUGACGAGAUCCUCCCUCAGCACCAACCACCCAAUGGUGGACCGUUGGCUUGACCGCCAAGAACAGGAGGAGGAAGAGGAGAGACGAAAACGUGAACAAAGAAUCGAGCGGAUAGAGCCAGUGGGAAGAGCCGACUCCUCGUUGGACCAUUCGCCGGUGUUACGUCUGGAAGCGAUGCUGCAGCCCGUGGAGGUGUCCAAUAAAGGCGGGCCCCUGGGGAUCCACGUCGUGCCUUUCAGUUCGCAGGAUGUCAGGACUCAGGGUCUGCUCGUCAAGCGUCUGGAGCGCGGGGGCAAGGCGGAGCAGGAGCGUCUCUUCCAGGAGAACGAUUGUAUUGUCCGGAUAAACCAGGGAGAUAUACGCAACCUCCGCUUCGAACAAGCUCAGAACAUUUUCAGGCAGGCGAUGAGCUCCUCCGUCAUCCUCUUCCACGUGGUCCCGGCCGCCAUGAAGAAACAGUACCAACUGCUUGCGGGCAAGAGUGAGCUCAGCUCGCCUCAGUCCGGCAGGGUCCGCUUUAGUCAAGACUCCCUGCAUUCAGGAGACCGGAGCAGCCUGACGGGGGGGCCGUCCUCCAGUCAACAGGGCUCACUGGCAGGAAGCACUCCAGAGCCACGACGGAGAUACGCCACGCUGCCCCCGUCGCUGGUGUCCAGCACCUCCUCCACCUCCUCACCCUCCCUGCAGCGCAGGAUCAGCACCACCCCGUCCAACAGCUCCUACGUUAAAGGCAGAGGACGCACGUUCACCAUCCAGCUGAAGAAAGGUCCAGAAGGUCUCGGCUUCAGCAUUACUUCCAGAGACGUUCCCGUUGGCGGCAGCGCUCCUAUUUAUGUCAAAAACAUCCUCCCUCGGGGGGCCGCCAUCCAAGAUGGCCGACUGAAAGCGGGAGACCGUCUUCUGGAGGUCGGCGGUGUGGACUUGAAUGGAAAAACCCAAGAGGAGGUGGUAGCGCUGCUCCGAGCCGCACCCAUGGGCGGGGUCGUGAACCUGUUGGUGACCCGCCAGGAGGAGCCCCUGUUGCCUCGAGAAGUGCAACAGGGGGAGGACGACCUGGUCCUGACCCCGGAUGGCACGCGGGAGUUCAUGACCUUUGAGAUCCCACUCAACGACUCGGGGUCAGCAGGCCUGGGGGUCAGCGUCAAGGGGAACCGAUCCAAGGAGAGCCACGCCGACUUGGGCAUCUUUGUCAAAUCCAUCAUCAAUGGCGGCGCUGCUAGCAAGGAUGGACGUCUGCGCAUAAAUGACCAACUCAUCGCCGUCAAUGGAGAGUCUUUGCUGGGGAACGCCAAUCAGGAAGCCAUGGAAACGCUACGCAAGUCGAUGUCAGUGGAAGGCAACAAACGGGGGAUGAUCCAACUCAUCGUGGCCCGGCAGUUGGGCCAAAACAAAGAGGGACCCCCUGGCAGCCCCCCCGGGACGGGCCACCCUGACGGUCUUCAGGAUAACCACGAGCGCCGCAUCUCCCACUCCAUGUAUGAGAGCAUUGAGGGCUUCAACAACAUCUCCACGCCGAUACCCUCCUCAGUUAGGCGCAUAGGUCAAUAUCAGCUCUCCCCCACCGUCAACAUGCCCCAGGAUGACAUCGUGCUGAUAGAAGACGACAGGCCGCCCGUGCUUCCUGCCCACUUCUCCGACCAAUCCUCCUCCAGCUCGCAUGAGGACUUGGGUUUUGUGGGAGGGAACCCGGGACCGUGGAUCCAGGUGCCAUCCAAUCAGAACGAAUGCUCACUCAGUCCUGACGCAGACCCGGACGCUUCUUUCCAAAGGGAGGGCUUCGGCCGCCAGAGUAUGUCUGAAAAACGCACCAAGCAGUAUGACAGUGCCGCUCAUCUGGACAUCGUCAAGUCACGCAAAUCCAAGAGCAUGGAUCUAGGAAAUGCCGUGGGACCUUCGCUGGGCCUCAAAAAGUCCAGUUCCCUUGAAAGCCUCCACACAGCUGUUGCUGCGGCAGCCCGGAACGCCGAGAUCAACGUCGACAGGCCGCGCUCUCGAAUCAUCAGAGGCCGCGGCUGCAACGACAGUUUCAGAGCGGCUAUCGACAAGUCGUACGACAAACCACGCCUCCACGCGGAAGAAGGGAACAGCAUGGAGACCGUGGACGAGGACACGGAUGGAAGCUCCCGAUCCGGCCAAGACUCCACGUCCGCCAGCGGGGACCUCGUCGUCAGCCCCGGACUCAACGGGAACAUCUCCAAAGAGGACAGGCUGAGAGAUCGGGACAAGGCGGAAAAGAAGAAGCCCGAGCGGGAUAAAGACAAGGAGAGGAGCAAAGCCAAGAAAGGGGUGCUGAAGGGCCUGGGCGAGAUGUUCAGGUUUGGGAAGAGUCGCGGUGCCGAGCAGCCGGCGGACGGGCGAGUGGAGAGGAAGGCCUCCAGCAAAGCGAAAGCCGAGGAUGUGCAGGCGUCUGACGAGGAGACCCAGCGGAUGAGGCUUGAACAAGAGAGAAUACAGGCCAAGAUGCGGGAGCUCCGGGAGAAGCAAGCAAAGGAGCGGGAAUACGCGGAGAUCCAAGAUAUCAUCAGCCACACAACUCUAAGCUCGGACGAAGAGCACACCUACGCCGGCAUCGGAUCGUUGGACUCGUCGGUGGACGGCGGCAACCUGGAUCCUUACGGCAGUCACCACCACUAUCAUCUCCCUCAGAGUCCCGAGGGCCCGCCCCCUUCCUCCAGUCCUCAGAUCAACACCCCGCCUCCGGAGGCCAUCUACGCUCAGGUCAACAAGCCUCGUAACGGACGCCCUGCACCUCCUAGCAGCAAUCAGACGGCUCCCAACAACCAUGACCGGAUACAAAGACUGAGGCACGAGUUCCAGCAGGCAAAGCAGGACGACGACCCGGACGGCCACCGCCACUCGUACAGCUUGGAUCAGACUGGGGUCGCCAACGGGACGGACAGACCGAGCGGGCGCCAUUCGGUAGCGGUGGAAAAGCAGCAUCAGGAGGACCAUGGCGGUUUCCACCAGGCACAACGACAAUACAGCUCCCUGCCACGGCCGCCACGUAAGACCCCGAGCAUGGCGUCCCAAGACGCAUGGGACAAGGCCUACCCGCCCGCGGCAGAUGCCAGGGAUGGCGUCCAGGGACCCCACAACGGCUACCUGGGAACGUCCAACUUUAACGCCCGUGUGGUCUUGGAGACCCAGGAGUUGCUCAGACAGGAGCAGAGGCGCCGAGAGCAGGAGCUCAUUACGGGCCACCCGCCCGCCACCCAGGAACCCCCCGGCGGCGCCAGCAGAGACCACAGUCAGGAAGCCCCCAAAUCCAAGGGCCCCUACAGGCAGGACGUCCCCCCGUCCCCGACUCAGCUGGCCAAGCUCAGCAGGUUUCAUCAGGGCCCCGAGAAAGGGAGGCACUUUUACUCCUGAAAGCAACACGGGAAGACACUUUUUGAAAAGUCCAAAUGCUGUGAUAUUUUUUAUUGGAGUAUUAAUAUUGAACUUUUUUAGUGGCGUGGACCGUAAUCCUUUUUAGCUAUUUGUACAAUAUUCAUUUUCCUUUGCACAAAAUGUCAAGAAGUGCCUUUUUAUUCCAUUUAUUCCUCUCAUCCUGGUACCUGAUCAGGUUUUGGACCACCUGUAGGAGUGAAGCGGUUUUAGUUUUUUGUUAGUUUCCGUUCCUCCUACUUUAUCUUUCAUUUUUCUCACCACAGUUCCUGCUGCUGAAAGAAAACAUCUUUACAUCUCCGUUGCUCCGAUCCUGUGUGGCCUACCCAGGAACCGGCAUUAUAAAGUGGGUCAGGUCAGGGUUAUUAAUUAAUGUACCUCGUUAAAAAUGGAUGCGUUCCUGGCUUUUUUGUUGUCAUGUGCGCCGAGGAGCGAGAACCGGCAACCUUGCUGGCAAGGUUUGGGGCCCCGGCCUUGUCCACAAUGAUCGGGAUGGAAGUGAGGCCUGCUGGCCCCGAGCUGUCAGAGCCGCCCCCUUGCUGAAUGUUGAUCAGGUGGUCGCAGGCCCAGCAGCGGCUCCGCGGGGGGGCCCGUUUGUCAGCUCAUCUGGUUUUUGUCCUCCAUGAUGGCGUCCAUUCACCGAGAUGGCUUUGGCUCUACAGUAAUCCCUCAAAAAUAUGUUAAUAAACCAUGCUGUUUCAUGGUUGGAUAGAUCUGUCAGUAAAAAAAAAUACUUAUUUAGGUCAAUUUGACUUAUUUUUUAUCUAAAUGACCUGAAUGAAGUAUUCUUCAUGAACAAUGCAAACAUAAGACGCCUUCAAAGAUGUGAUGUAGUACUCUUCACUGAUCACUAGGUGUCACUAAUGUUACUGUAAUGUCGGGUGAGACACACAAGCACCAGUGUCGAUCCCCAACUGCUGUGGCCAUGAUCUAUGCCAAGCUAAAGAACCCCUGACAUCACUUCCUGUUUAUUCCACUAGAACACACUUACAGCAACACACGUGCACACGUUUCAUUAGUCUUAUUUAAACUAUAUUGGGUGAUAGGAAUGGUGACUGUAGGGGUGUUAUUUCAUGUCUAGAGGGCUCUAAUAAUUUUUAAGAAAAGUACAAUGAAAAUCAUUUCUAGCAAUCUAAUUUAAUUUCUACUCUCUUACACUCUUCUGCACUGUGCGUAUGCUAGCGGCCCCGCCUCCACCCACGGAGACAGAGCGUAUGACUGACAAAAGGUCUCACUUUGUUCAUGCAUUGUUCUAUGGGGCUAAAGUGCUGAAAUGCAAUGCACAGACUGAACCCUCGUCCUGCACGGCCGCCAAAAUGAUCAAGUUCAUUUUCAUUUAUUGUGUGAUGAAUGAAUGAAUUCAUCAACGAGCCAGGCCCGGCGCCCAAGAGACUUCCUGUUUCAGUGUGGCGCCGCCCAGAUGCCACCAAUGAGGGAUUACUGUAGUCAUUAAUAUUUGAUACGUUUGGAAAUGUGCGUGUGAGGGAAUGUUUUUUAAACCAAAGAAUAAUAAUAUAAAUAACAAUAACGGGGUGUAGAUUUUUUUUAUAAAGAAAAUGUGAAGAUGGGCCGUUUGAACUCCAAAAUUGACCCUCUGUUACCUUUGCAUUGUUUUUAUUCCGAGCGUGGUUGAUGAAAUCCAAGCGUGGAAACAUGGAAACACAAACGCCAGCUAGCAUCCGUGUGAUCCGCUCACCCUGCAGCGUGUGUGGAUGAGCGCGUCUAGCCUAGCAAGAGAACCGGUGGGAGGAUAAGAAGAUGGGAGCUGUGACCUUGUGGUUGAUUCCGCCAGCGGAGUCAUUUCUCACUUUGCAUUAGAAGCUCAAGGUUAGCGCUCUCCACUUUGCUGGCUCAUGCCGCCUUUUUCAUAUCUGUUGUCCUUUUGGCCAGUUUGUGUGCUCUGUGUCUGUGAUUGUGUUACGUAACAAACACCGAGCGUCCCGCCAUCAGCGUCCCGCCGUCAGCGUCCCGCCAGCGUCCUAUGCAAAUGUCCCUAAUUCGUGUUUAUUGGACUGCCUCUCUGAUGCGUCGUUGCAUCAAGAUCUCGUUUCAGGGGUUUGUUGUGUUUGUGUUCCUGGUGGGUUUAUGAUCAUCCUUGAUUAUGUUUUGUUAUAUUACGGUACUACAGUACAGAGGUAUAAAAAUGACUAAUAUGUAAGCACAGUGCAAUUUUCCUUUUUAUAACAAAGUCAACAUUCUGCUCUUUUGUGUACAAGCAAUAAAAAACUU